CUCCCCGCGCAGAAGCUCUGAGGAAACCGCCGGAAGCGACGCGCCCCGCCCCCGGCUCAGCCAUCCCUCCUUCUGAUUGGUCGGCGCGCCCCCAAGGCGGCGGGCCUUCUUCCAUGGACCAAUUGAGCAGCUUCCUGAGGACCAGCCUCGCACCCGGCAACUGAGAGACGUAGUCACUCCUGAGCUUCGACGAGCAGCUGUUUCCGGUUCCGCUGCUGGGUCUCGGUGGUGUGAAUGACAGAGGUGGUGCCUUCCAGCGCCCUCAGCGAGGUCAGCCUGCGCCUCCUCUGCCACGAUGACAUAGACACCGUGAAGCACCUGUGUGGCGACUGGUUCCCCAUUGAGUACCCAGACUCAUGGUAUCGUGACAUCACGUCCAACAAGAAGUUCUUCUCUCUUGCUGCAACCUACAGAGGUGCCAUCGUGGGAAUGAUAGUAGCUGAGAUAAAGAACAGGACCAAAAUACAUAAAGAGGAUGGAGAUAUUCUAGCCUCCAGCUUCUCUGUGGACACACAAGUUGCAUACAUUCUAAGCCUGGGAGUGGUGAAAGAAUUCAGAAAACACGGCAUAGGUUCCCUUUUACUAGAAAGUUUAAAGGAUCAUAUUUCAACCACUGCCCAGGACCACUGCAAAGCCAUCUACCUACAUGUCCUCACCACCAACAAUACAGCAAUAAACUUCUAUGAAAACAGAGACUUUAAGCAGCAUCACUAUCUGCCCUAUUAUUACUCCAUCCGAGGGGUCCUCAAAGAUGGCUUCACCUACGUCCUCUACAUCAAUGGCGGCCACCCUCCCUGGACCAUCUUAGACUACAUCCAACACCUGGGCUCAGCACUAGCCAACCUGAGUCCCUGCUCCAUCCCACACAGGAUCUACCGCCAGGCCCACAGCCUGCUCUGCAGCUUUCUGCCAUGGUCCAGCAUCUCCACCAAAGGUGGCAUCGAAUACAGCCGUACCAUGUGAUGCCAUUGGGGCAGCCUCCCCCAGGCCUCUGUCCUCAGCACUUUGUGGAGCCUAUUUUCCUGUCUGUCUGACUUCUGCUGUCCUUUGCAAGGAGCUGGUGGCCACCUGCCGGCCCAUCGGCCUGCCCCAGCUGCAGGCCCGGUGCUAUGCUGGCUCAGGAGAAGAGUGUAUGCCUGGUCUUCAACAGGUAGGAACAGAU